UCAAUCUCUCCUCCCUCUCUCUCUCUCUCUCACCCUAAGAUCACAAACUCUUUUGGUUCUUUCUCUGUCUUCAGAAAUUUUUUCUUGGCGAGUUCUCUUUUUUUAGGAAAAAAAGGAAAUGAUGGCUCCAGACAUGGCGACGAUCAUAGAAUCUCUGGAGAGGUCUAUGCGGAAUUGUUCCCUGAGUAAUCGGGAAAGAAGGGUCGGAGGAGAAGAAGAAGACGAAGAAGAAUCAUCGAUAUCGGAUGAUAAUAUCAAUGCGAUGACCGAAGAACACAUCCCGAUCUCCGACAGAACCUUGGAGCUCGGUUCCCACGUCUCUCUUCCUUGUCACUGGGAACAGUGUCUUGAUCUCAAGACAGGAGAGAUUUACUACAUAAACUGGAAGAACGGGGAGAAAGUGAAGGAAGAUCCAAGGAGAGUGAUGAGCACAGAAUGCAACAAUGGAGAAUCAUAUACGGAAGAAGAAGAAGACAGCUCGUACGACAGCGAAGAGUCUUGGUCUGAUGAAUCAUCCAAAGAAGAAGAAGAAGAAGAAGAAGUGCUGGUUGUGGCUGGUUGCAAAGCCUGUUUCAUGUAUUUCAUGGUCCCCAAGCUUGUCGAUGACUGCCCUAAGUGUGCUUCUCUACUCAUCCACUUUGACCAUCCUCGUUCUUCUGUUUCUCCUUGAACUUGUUUUUUUUUUUUCUCCAGAUGAGCUCUUUAGGGUUUCUCUCUGUGUUUUUUUCUUCUUUUUUAAUCUUAAAAUGCGGUUCUUGACUGAGUAUUAACACGAUUCUCAA